GCCCGCUGACGGCUGUCUACCGAGCGCAGUACCAGUCGUAUGGGCGAGAGUUUUCGGUCACGCGUACUCAAAUGCUCCAAGUUUUCUGACCCUUUUUUUUACCACCAAAAGAGUCACUGAAAAUUCCGUGUUGCACUCCCGUGCUGAGGACAUUUGGGGCCAGAAAGUGCCGAACGUGUGUAGUGGCGUGUAAGUGAAGUGGCAAGGACGCUUUUGGUGGACGUUGCGAAGAGGCAAAAUGAGGAUUUUCAUCUCCUUGGCCUGCUCGAUUGGAUCGAUGGGCAUCGCCUGGGGCAGCCUGCUGUCGCUCAACAUCUCUGACAGGAUCUCACUGCAGCGCGGAGUCUUCCUCUCAUCCCUGGGCUUCGUGUACUUUGUCUCCCUCACGGACUUCUUCAAUCGAUUCCUGCUGGAGACAACAAAGGGUCUCCAAUGGCGCAAAAAGUACCACCUCAUGGUCUCCGACGUGAUGGACAUCACGAACAAACUCGUGUCGGCGGUGCAAGCGAGCUUAUCCUGUCUGGCUGGCUUUCUCGUGUGCAAAUCCUCGUGCAACCGAUCAUUUCUGCACGCGUCACACUUCGCUUCGGAGGCGUACGCGUGGUUCGGAGCGGCGUACUUCUUCUAUGAUCUGUGGAGUAUGUACAAAGUGCACAUCCACAAGGUGCUGGACAAGCUGAAGAUGGUGAAGGAUCAGGCGAGUGUGAGCGUGAAGAAUGGCAAUGGGCAUCAGAUGUUCGAGGGCAGGCGGAAUGGGGGAAAUGGCGUGUGUGAUGGCGAAAAGGAGGGAUAUCGCAAGAAGGAGAUCCGCGAUGACUAUGGCAAUGAGAUAACACUGGAGGAGAGACCGUCCUUCUGGCGCUACAUCUCCCGGCAGCCACUCAUGGUGGGUCAUCACAUCUUCAUAGGGUCGUUUGGCCUGUGCGUCAUUGCGUACCUGAGAGGUGGUCUGGGCGAUUGCAUAUUCAGCUUCAUCUUCCUGAUGGAGGCCUCCACGCCGUUCGUCUCGCUCAGGAGCAUCCUGAGCACAAUGGGGCUGAAGUUGAGCAAUCUGUACUUGAUCAAUGGCGUGCUGAUGCUCGUGACAUUCUUUGUCUUUCGCAUCCUCAUGCUCCCGUUUGUCUUCUAUUGGUACAGCCAAACGGUGAAUUUGCCCUUCAUACGAGCCAUUGCGUCGCUGCCGCGCGGCUGCAAGAUCAGUAUUUGCAUUUUAUUCUUGCCACAGAUUUACUGGUUCUAUCUGAUUUUGCGUGGGGCUCUGAAGGUGUUCUUCCCGAAAAAGUCGCCCAGUGUGACGACAAAGAGACAGCCAAAUUCCACAAAACCCACAAUAAAUGUGAUCUCAGAUGAUGAAGAUGCUGAUCAGGGUGUGAAGAGGCGUUCAGAACGCCACAUGAGUCUGGACAAUGGCAAAUCAACACAAUCCCUGACACUGAUGUAAAAAGUUUUGGAUAUCUUUUUCUCCUAAAAAUUUCUUCUCUCGCCACCAAUAUUUUUUUCCUAAUCAGCGAGAGGCAUUUUUCUAUUUAAAAAAUGAAAGGAAGGUUUUGUCUGCUCUUUUUACGACAGUUUUUUCUUUGUGUGAAGAUACCAAAAUUCAUUUUGUAACUACAUGUAUAGAUGUGUAAAGACGACAGUAAAAUUUCAGACAUAUUUAUGUGGUGUAGUGAGAUAAGGAUGUAAUAUUAUUUGUGGCAGAUAAUACAGAAAAUACUGUGUAGAUUUACUGAGAGGAUGGAAGAAUCAUUGUAAUAGUCGUCACGGAACUAGUCACACUGUAAUAAUUGUAAGCAAGAAAAAAAAUUAAUUAAGCAUGAGAGAAAGAGAGAGAGAAAUGAGAAAAACAAUGUUACAAAAAGGAAAUUCCUCCCAUCCGAUUCUGAAGACACUUUCGUUUGUCCUCUCCAUAGAAUAAGCAAACUCUCUGCAGUGACCAUUCUUUUUAUCUCUCCACCCAUUUUCUCCCUCCGACCCCUUUUUGAUACAUCAGAAUUUAUCUAAGAGACACAUUCCAAUACGUCGUGUUAGAUACACAGUGAAAUUUGAGAGAAAGAGGCAAAUAAACAGAUAAGGGGAAAAAUCUAUACCAACUAUCGACAUUGUCUGUGUGCAGAACGAAUUUGUUAAAUGUGCUUUAUGUGAAAUAUAACCAAUUUACAUUUUUGUGCAGAGAACUUGAUGAUGAUGAUGAUGAUGAAAAUGUAGGAGAUUAAAUAUACAAUUUGAUAUUUGCUUACAUAACAUAUUUUUAUAUGAUUAUUGAAUGUAUAGGACCUUCUUGUUUUCUCAAAAAAAAAAUAUUUGUAUUGAAAAUCCAGAUUGAAGAAAAAAAAUGUGGAGGAGAAAAGAAGGUCGAAAAAUUUUUGUGGUAAGACUAGAGCAGAGUUUUGUCUUUUGGACAUUUUCUACCCGUUUUUUUUUCGGUGCGUGUGUGGCGUGCAAAAGUUUAGGGACACCGAUUUGGAGUAUAAAUAUUCCUCACACACAAUAAUAACCAAAAGGGAGUAAAGUGUGCGCAUUUAGAGAGUAUUUUCUUGGCAAUGUAGACGAAAGCAGAUAGUUUUUAUUACAAUGCUGCAGCUUCACAACAUCUCAUCACUCAAAUCAUAUUCGUUGGGUGAAUAGAAAACUAUGAAAAGUCGAUUUAUCAUAAUUUUCGUCUUCAUGUAUUUUUGAAAAGCUUCUUAUUUGUUCUUCCUGUGUAAAAAUUCUGAGAUUUGUUAGCAAAAAAAAUCAAAUUGUCAUGUUUUCUGAAUGAAAAGUCGAAUUAUUAAUUGUUUACGCUGUACGAUUUUUCCUAGAAAAAUGUCUCAAAAAUUACAGUAAAACGCAUAAAACGACUUUUCAGAAAAUAAUUAUAGAUUUUCAGAAUUAUCCUAAAAUGUUUUUUAGACUUUGAAUGAAUAUUUAUCAUAUCUUUUAAAUUGUUUCACUUGAAAACUGUAAGGAAAAGUUCAAGUGAAGUAUGAAAAGUUGAGUUUUUAGAACUUGUUUGGAUAAAAUCGUCUUUGGAAAGGAAUAUUUUCAGAUUUUCCAUAAAUUUUGUCAUAUUUUAGUCAAAAAUUCCAAUAAAAUCUACUAAAAUAUUUACAAAAUAAUAAAAACAGAGCAAUUUUUGCACUUUAACGGACGAUUUGAAUGUCUUUUUAAGGGUUUUGAAGUAAAUUUGGCAAAUUUCGCAGCUGUAUUAACGCUAAAUUUUAAACUAGUUCUGCUGAAAAAUGACGAGCUUGACUUUUGUAUAGUUUUCGAGGCACCCGUCGAUAUGUUCUGACACUUUUGCAGUCCGCUUUAGAAGACUGUUUUGUAGAAGAAUGGAGAAUAAAAUGUGUAAAUUGUAAAUGUAAAUCAUCAAAUUGCUGUCCCAGUUUCUGCCUUCAGCUUUUCCGUGGCCACAGAGUCACAUUUGUGUGUAGGGAAUGGAGAUUUGACGGGCACAACUCUGCAGAUCGAUGCGCACAUGAUAAGACGAGAGCAAGAGAGCGAGAGAGAGUGAGAGGGAUGAAGCCAAAGUCGCGAGUAGAUGAUAAGGAAAAAAUGUGAGAAACAUUGUGUAGAAAUAUUGUUAUUAUAU